GGAGAGCGGGGAGGGUUUAGGGGCGUGCCCAAACGGCCACCCCGCCCAGGUUCUUGGGUUUCCUUGGGCUCCUGUCACUAGAGUGAGCUUCUGCGUUCCAGGAAAGGCUGUUGUGCCCGCGGUGGGAGCCCGUACAGAAGGAGGGUCCUGGGAGGCACGGCAGUGGCGGUGUUGGGAAACGGCCGGCUGAACAGCAGGCACCCGCCAACCGGCCAGUGAGUUAAGGUGGCUUACUCAAGGUCACACAGCUAGUGGAGGAACCCAGGCCUUCUGACUGUACUAUUUUCCACUGCUGCCUCCAAGUGAUGACUUUGGAUCACAAACCCACGUGGAAUGGGAAGCACGUAAACCUGGUGAAAUCUAAUUCUAUUUCAUAGAUGUUUGUUUACUACUGAUGGGUGUGAGCAAGUUAGAUGUUCUAUACCGGAGACUUCUCCUCACAAAACUUUUUAUCAGAGGAUGGGGAAGGCCAGAGGAUCUUAAAAGACUCUUUGAAUUCAGAAAGAUAAUUGGAAACCGAGAAAAAUGUCAGAAUCUGGUUUCAAGUGAUUAUCCAGUAUACAUCGAUAAGAUUGAAGAGCAGUCAGACUGUAGGAUCCUGGAUGGACACUUUGUCUCCCCCAUGGCCCACUACGUGCCUAAUAUCAUGCCCAUUGAAUCUGUCAUUGCGAGGUUCCAAUUUAUUGUGCCUAAAGAAUGGAACAGCAAAUACAGACCCGUGUGCAUUCAUCUUGCUGGAACAGGGGAUCAUGAAACCCAAGGACCAAAUGCUAGAAGGUCCAGCCUAAAAAACGUGUCUGACCUAUUUGUGAUGGGAGGAGCCCUUGUUUUAGAAUCUGCAGCCCUCCUGCACUGGCUAGAGAGAGAGGGCUACGGGCCGCUAGGAAUGACCGGAAUAUCCAUGGGAGGACACAUGGCUUCCUUAGCGGUAUCCAGCUGGCCUAAGCCCAUGCCAUUGAUUCCGUGUCUGUCUUGGUCCACAGCAUCUGGUGUCUUCACUACGGGUGUGCUGAGCAAAUCGAUUAACUGGAGGGAGCUGGAAAAGCAGUAUUAUACACAGACAGUUUAUGAGGAAGAAAUUAGUCACAUGCUGGAAUAUUGUGGAACAGAUUCUUUCAAAAUGGGACAAGAGUUCAUGAAACGUUUCCCUAACACGGCAGACAAGCUCACUAAUCUCAACCUGGUUUCUAGAACUUUAAAUUUAGACGUGACAGACCGAGUUGUGUCCUCAAAACCUGCUGAGUGCCAUGAAACUAGUCAAACAUCUUUUAGUGCCACAUCAGAUGAACUCUUGUUGCAAGACACCUCUAAGAUGGAGAGCUUUGAUCAAACACUUUCACCCAACAAAAGUUGUUUUACAAGUUAUAAUCCUCAGUCAUACCACCUACUCAGUAAAGAACAAAGAAGAAAGAACCUUCAGAAAGAAUCUUUACUCUUUAUGAAAGGAGUCAUGGAUGAAUGUACUCAUGUAGCAAAUUUUUCAGUUCCAGUUGACCCAAGCCUCAUUAUAGUGGUUCAAGCCAAAGAAGAUGCCUAUAUUCCACGAACAGGAGUUCGAAGUCUACAAGAAAUUUGGCCUGGUUGUGAAAUCCGAUAUCUGGAAGGGGGUCAUAUUAGUGCUUAUCUUUUUAAACAAGGACUCUUCAGACGGGCCAUCUAUGAUGCAUUUGAACGCUUUCUCCAUAAAUAUGCUAACUAACUGCAUCGCUGUCUGUAACCAGUGUGGCCAUCACGUUUCUUACAAAAGGAGUUUUUCAUUCUUUGACGAUAUGAAGAACGAGCGGGCAGUGCUGUGUAUCUGAUUGCUGUCACUUUAGUCUGGCAUUCAGUGUUUUACAGGUCAGUCGACUAUAAUCUUUAAAUGCAUUUGAAUGACUUUAAACCAAUAUUUGGGUAAAAUGAUGAAGUAUUUUGUUAUUGUUUGUAGGAAUCCCAUGUACUCAGUAUAUAGUCUAUUGUUGCUACUUAUGAAAACUUUUAAUUAUGAAUAAUUUAUUAAUUUAAAAUAAAUUUAUUCAUAGAAACUGUAUUGGUUUUUACAUACAUAACUGCUAGGUAAAAGUUUGUAAUACAUUAGUUUUUAUUGUAUACCCUUACUUAUUUUUACUGCUGAUUUGCUUUGAGAAAUAUGUUUCCUUUAUGUAUCCAUAGUGAAUUUAUAAUCUUAUUUUCACCUUUAAUUUUCUGCUGUGGAAAUACUUAGGAUAUGUGAAAUCACUGUUAACUUUGAAUUUAAAAAAAAUACUGAAUGCUUUGUAUGUAAGUACUUCCAAUAAUUAAAAUGCAGGUGGGGAUGCAGACAUGAUGCAUAAGACUUUAAAACUGCCAAAUACUAAGUUAGGAAAAAAAUGCCAAAUGUAUUGCCCCUACUCAACAACUUUCAUUUCAUGAAAAGUGGAAAUACCUGUUGCAUUAAUGAAUAGAUACUACAUCUUAACAUUUCGUACAUGUGUAUCUACUCUAGGUUUGCAAAACAUCUGACUUCACUUUAGGCCAAGUACAUAACAACGUUGACUUUUUAAUUUCAAAAAUUAAUGGUCAAAAUGAAAUUGUCAAUCUGUCCUAAAUAAACUUUAUUUUACAGAAAAUAUCCAACUUCUUUAAAAUUGGAAGAUUACAUGGCUAGAUUUUGGUGCUUUCUUUUAAUGAUAAGCUUCUUAAGCAGAGAGCUAAAAUAGUCUUAAAAAGUAGAAAAUAUUUUGGGGUAUUGUGUCAAGGCAUAGAAUAAAUGUAUUUGAGUCUUAUUUAUUUGAAACCUGUGUUAUCUAUAGAUUACAUUUAAGUUAAAUAUGUAUUGCUACUCUAGUAAGGAUAUUUGAAUUAUAAUGUGCCUUUGUAAGCUUUCUAAAGGAGAAGUUAUUUGUCACUCUAAUGCCUCCAUCAUUUCAAUUUUUAAAACUAUUUAAAAAUUAUUAAUGUAAAGUCAUCAGUGGCAUACAGAAUUGUAAACAUUGUGAAACUGCUUUAGCAUAACAAACCAAAAUGUUUACAGCCAUUUCAGCUACAGCAGUUUUACGUGUUCAGAGUCGAACCUUUACUUUUAACUGAAAGUAUAAAAAUCUAAAGUUCUUCAAUAACAUGGCCUUUACAGUAAAGGUUAUUGUCAACUAAAUUACAGUUUUUUCUUUUGUAUAUUGUGAGGUAAUGUGAUGAUCCAGUGCUGACUAGUGGCUUUAGUAAAACCAACACUUUAUUCUCAUGUAAAUAUUUCUUACUAAGCAAUAAUGUAUUAUGUUCUGUGACUUUGUAUUGGUAAAAUAAUGAAAUUUUAUUUCAUUUUAAUUAACUCUUGGGCAUAACUAAUUUUUCCCAAAGAAAUGUGAAAGAGGUAUUUUUAAAAUUUUAUUUCCUAACCAGAUGUUUUAAGAAUAUAUCACUGAGGGAGAGCACCUGGGAUCUUCCUUCCCAACAUAUCAUCAAUUUGGCUCAAAUAAACUUCUUAUAAAUGUUCUAAUAAAUGUAUAUAUAUUAUAUAUAUCUCCAUACACAUCCCUAAGCUGAUUAAUUCAAAGUCCAAAAUAACUUUGCUUAAAGUUUUUAUCUCUUUCCCCAAAAGAAUGACUUCAGCUCCAUAUAUGUACACACAUGUAUGGGCGUGCAUACACAUAAACACAUAUGUACACAUGCGUGUGUACAGAUAGGUACACACAUGCACAUACAAAGCAGUACUGUCUUGACAUUUUGACAAUUGGGUACAUAAACUGCUAGAAAUACCUUUAGGCCAGAGUUGCAAAAUGGCAGUCCAUACAGGCCAGCUUAGCACACAGUUGUUUUAACCAGUGUGCGUAAUAUUUCAAAUUUGAAAUGUGUUCAGAUUGGGCUGUGCUCCAGUUUGCCACUGUCUGCUGGACUCCUGGACUCCCUCCUGUUACACCGUGUCGCUGCUUUGUGUUUCCUGCUCAGCCUGAAAGACAUCUGAGGUUGAGCUCCCUGAUUUAGAUUCGUGGUUAGAAAAAGUUACAUUAGGUAAUUCAUGAUUACCUAAUGUUGUAAUUACUAUUAAAUAAU